UUGCGUGAUCAAUUUGCAAGAUGAGCGCCAAGAUCGCGCCUUCGAUGCUCUCCUCCGACUUCGCCAAUCUCGCAGCUGAGGCGCAGCGCAUGCUGGAUUGCGGCGCGGAUUGGCUACACAUGGACAUUAUGGAUGGGCAUUUUGUUCCAAAUUUGACGAUUGGAGCUCCGGUGAUCCAAUCGCUGAGAAGGCACACGAGUGCGUACUUGGAUUGCCAUCUCAUGGUCACGAAUCCACUCGACUAUGUGGAGCCUCUGGCCAAGGCCGGAGCGUCAGGCUUUACUUUCCACAUUGAAGCUUCUCGAGACAACUGGGACCGAGUGUCUAAGAAGGUCAAGGAAAGCGGCAUGAGAGUUGGAGUUUGCCUCAAGCCGGGAACUCCCGUGGAGGAAGUUUUUCCUCUGGUGGAUAGCGGGGAUGUUGAUCUGGUGCUGAUCAUGACGGUGGAGCCGGGCUUUGGAGGUCAAAAGUUCAUCCCGGAGACAAUGAGCAAGGUGAAAGCUCUCCGAUCUCGAUAUCCUUCACUAGACAUCGAGGUUGAUGGUGGUCUCGGCCCUUCGACGAUCCAGCAAGCUGCCGAUGCCGGAGCCAACUGUAUUGUCGCUGGGAGCUCAGUUUUUGGAGCUCCCGAUCCAGCUGCUGUCAUCAGCUUGAUGCGAAACAGCGUCCAAACUGCACAAGCAGCUCACUAAGAUACGCUCGUUUUUCUUUCCUCUAUACAAUAACGAGGCACGGAUUCUUAUUCA